CUUUGAUCUCGUUGAUUAUAAUGCGAAGCAGAACUAGAUGCUGCAGAGAUUUGGCCACUCGCAACUAGUUUUUCGAAGCCUCCAGAAUAACGUAGUAAUUUUGAUUGAGAACAGGAAACGAGGACGGAGCCCCCUUUCGAACUCAGAGUCGUCAAUAAUCAUUGAGCAAAGCCCAAGAUCUUUUUUGCGUCUUUCACGCAGCGAAGCAGACAUCGCUAGCUAAAGCAGAGCAAAGAACAGAAGCCCUCGUCAACUUUUCCUUUAUAAAUACAUUUUCAUUUACGAACAAGUUGUAAGUCUAAGUUCUGCUACUUCUAUGUUGCCUGCCGACCAAUAAUUCUCACUCAGAACAUUUCAUACAUCUAGUCACUCGGCAUUUCUGACUUCUCUGUGCGAUAGAAGAAGAAGAAGAGGCGCUAGCCAACAUGAUCGGGUCUAGCCGACGAGUCUCUGAUGUGAAGUACGGGGGGAUGGCAUUUUGCGGGGUCCUGAGUCGGAGGUUCGAGCGAGAAUAUUGUCAGGGGCAGAGCAGCUUCGGGCCGCGCCGUACUAGUAGUUUUUUUGUCAAUUUUCCUUCGACGCGGGCCGCAGCAGCCGUUCUCCUACUUGGUGGAGUCGAGACCUGGUCCGUUCUGGGUGCGGUGGGGCACUAUCAAAAAAGUUGGCCAGGACAACUUGAAGCAAAAGCAAAUCCAGGCCGUCAGUCGAAAACCUUCCACCAGCUGAAAGCCUCGCCUCACACCGGCAAAAAAAAAAGGGUAAGUGCUGAGUCCGUAUCUGCUUCAGCCUAUGAGUUUAGUCUUCCUUUUUAGAAGAAGUAGAGAACAAAUCCGCCUCAAGCCGUUUUCGCAACACGCAUAUGAGCCGCUUUUUUGAUCUAUAUUUACUUAUUACGAAUUCGAAUUCAGCAUGCUCCACCGAUUACUACUUAAGCCCAACCCUUUUCAUCCCGUUCCUUGAUACAGGUCACCAGUCUCAGCAAACUACAGUUGACGAGCAUGGGCAGUGGUCGAGGAGUAUCCUGCUCAAAGACGUGCCCACCCUCGACUAGUCCUCGCGGCGAACCUCGUGCACAUGAUGCACGGCCAGAUCUAGUGAUAAGUGCAAGUGCCCCACGCCCAGAGGCACGCUCGCAUUGUAUGCAGUGAGGUCAUACUAGAAAUUGAGAUUUUUGAUACGACCGAGUAACUCUCUUGACACUGAGCUUGAGUGAUCCUUAUGAUGUUAUUGUUCUAUUCUGAAAAAAGUACAACUUCAGUCGUGUCGUCUGGACUUGUCAUGUGGAGUUCGAGAAAUUUGGGUUUCAAAAUAAAAAGCAGGACGUGGUUGCUUAGCGGAAGUCCUAGCAUAUUGAGGUGGGCAUGUUUUUGCACGGGAAAUGGAACAUCGCCAGACCGGGAACAAGCAGAGCCAAUUCUUGCCACCCUCACAGGCAACAAUCUGAUCCCCUUCGAAGCCUGGGCGCCAGGGCUAGGUGAGGCAGCAGACCUAGGCACGCAGAUUACCGAGGGUGGGCAGGAAUUGCGGGGGCCGUUUCUCAUGGUGGUGGGAUUCGGCGCAGACGCGCCGGCGGUCGUGGCCGCACACGUUGGGAGCAAGCUUUCUCAGUUUCUGACGGAAGACACGUUCGGGCCUGCACCACCGAAGCGCCAGAACCUUACGGGGGAUGGCCAUUCCUCGGCGAUACCGGGCGCCGGCGCAGCACCUGCUGAAGGGUAUGAGUUCCAUCAUUGCCCGGCAGAGUUUGACGAGCUGCGCGGCGUUGGACUGGAGAAAGCCCUCAGCAAGUGUUUCGGUGCGAUCGCGCAGCUACACCGGCAAGGAGCUCUUGCCGAUGACCAGUUGGUAGUCGUCUUCGAGGACGACGCGCGAUGGCUUUCGGAAGACUUGAGCCUCAAGAGCGUGGCCACGGGGUUGCAGAAAGCAUGGCCCAGCGAGACCGCCAUUGUAUUACUUGGCGCGCAUGAUUAUGCAGCAGAAGCCCCUGACCCUGAACCAGUUGUGCGCCUGGUAUUUGAACAGAGGCCCGGCACCGCAACGGAGGCUGGGAAACAUGAUGGUCAGAAGGGAGGCCCUGUCGAACACGUAAUCUCCCUGGCGCACGCGAAAACCUCAGCGGGGUCCUAUGGUUGGGCAAUCCGCGUCAAGGAUUCUGGCGCCUUCCGAGAAACCCUACUGGAGAAGUCGUUGAGGCGGCUAUCCUGGUGAUUGAAGCCAUUCGCCCCGCUUCCAAAGCGACGCCCUUGCGUGCGGCCCGCCUUGGUGAAGCUAAGCGAAUUAGGUCGGGAGCAAAUGCAAACGGCCGGUAGGGGUAGCUUGUCACACUUCCCAUGGUGAGGGUGUCUGCUUCCCACAUUGGACACAGGCAAGCCCGUCCGCCGGGGCUCUGUCUCGGCGGCUAGAAAAAGGGCGGCGGCCGACAUGGCUGAUAAUAUGGGCGGCGCCCAGGUGUCGCGCGUGUUACUAGGUGCGCGCAGACGAUAGGUUAGCGAGAAUAGGUGUGGGACUCGCGACGCGCUCAGAAGCUACACGCCCCCCCCCGCUGCGCUCGAAAUCCAAAGCCUACGCGCGUCCCGACAGAAGUGCAUUCGCGUAGAGACAUUUUAGCGCGCGCGCGUGCCCCGAAAUUUUUUUGCCGUGCGCCCUGCGUUUAUUCAAUGCCACCCGCGUUGCUCUCGGAAUCAGAAAGACGGCGAAUCAGCAGCGCCGCCGUGGUUGGCUGCAAGUUCUAGCAAAAAGCCCUUGAAUGCAGAACGGAGAAAAAAACCGACCCCCGCAGGCCCCCGCGCUGUGGAAAAGCCCGCCUUUAUAAAAAAAGCCUGGCUUAUGCAAUAAUAUAUUAGAAUGGCAGCGGCCAAAGGCCGCGGCGCUGCCUCACUCUUGGGCAUUUCUCUGAAAAGCAUUGCGCCGCAAUGCGCCAUGACGUAAUGGGCGCCCCCCGGGCAACUCGUCCAGGCGAAUCAUUUGCACAGAAACUCUAUAUGGGGCGGCCGCUUAAUCUGGGCGUGCAGUGCUAGGAGUGCGGCCACGUCUGAGGGGCGGCCGCCGAACUUACGGGAGCGCUUGUCCUGUGGAGGGCCAGUCGCAUGCGGCGCUAGCUUCUCACUCCCGCGGUUGGCUAAGAGCCCGCCAAAGAGAGAGCAUCUAAGUAGCACGCAGCCCGGAGCACGUUGGCGCCACGCGUUCCCUAGCUAGCAGCCCCCGUGGGGAAUACCAUUCGGGGACCCCUAGGUAGGUAGGUAUGGCUAUGGCCCCUACAAAAAUGCGAAAGCAGCCACGCCGCAGCGCCUAUGGUACUUAGGCAGCCAGGGCCCGGCGGGGUGAUAGCUGCCGAGCCUUUGAAGGGUCUGGGUGGCCCGCGGGUCGCUUUACCUGUAGUCGGCUGCUUUCGUCGCAGGCGUAGGCCCUCCGCUUCGUUAUUCCUUCGCAAUGGCCCACGGGGGCGGGGCACACAUUUCAGCCACCCAAACAGAAAACAAAACUCCCAAACCGCACAGAGGGGGUGUCCCGCGCAUUCCAUUUUGAAGCCCCGCAGGCUUGGCGCCGCGGGCUUCCUUGUCACAUUUACGAGACAAGCAAAACUCGCUACGCGACGCCCCUAGAGGGCAAUGCGCCCCAAAAUCCGUUGUCUGGGUGCCUUGGGUGUGUAGCAAGUAAGACAGGCGGCGCUGUGCUCCAUUCUGUGCGCCGCAGGUUUGCAGUGGUGUGGCACCCUCUUGCGGCGCCCGCGCACGAGGGGGCCGCGCGCAUUAUCUGCUGUCCUGAGAAAGCCAAACCGGGGCCACGAUCUAUUUUGGACCCCAUUAGCGAUGCGCCCGCGCGCGCGCAAUGGCACACGAAAAGCGUUUCCGGAGGGCGCGGCACCUGCGUGGUGCGAUAAGUAGCGGCCCGAGUAGGUGGCCUGGAAAUUCAGCAGGGCAAUAGCCUCCGUGGGUGGUGUCGUACGUUUGCGGGCCCGCCUGCACCUCCAGCGCUCGCCCCUCGCGGCCCGCGCGCCCGCAAAUAGUUUGCUUGGCUCUGUAUUUUCCUGGCGCGCCGUGCGGGUGUUUCAGACAGCCAGGCCGGCGCGCAGCCCCAUGCAUGUUGCCGCGGCGUUGUGCGCUCGCUCCUCGGCAGGCGGCGGUUUUGGAUGGUUUUCGCCAGGAUAGUGUGCGAGCGAAACACACGAGCCGUUAAAUGUCGACGUGGAUUGGUAUCACUGGGCGCUUGGCAGGGGCCAAGUGGUGCGCGUCGUUUGUUUAUCCAGAUCGCCUGCGAAUACGUCAUAGAGGGCAUAUCAGGGGGCUUGGCAUGGUUGGCAAUGUUUUGGCCGGUGCCUAUGCUUUUAUCAUAUUCUAUACGUGCGUUGGCAAGCGCGGCGCGUAUUGUUAUUCCCGUUUGUGCGUGUGUUUCGUGUUGGAAAAAUAGGACGCGGGGCAGUAGCAUUAAUGAAAAGGCAAAGAGAAAGAACGCCCCAAAACACACCGCCGCAAGCUGGUAAAAGGUUGUGGGCGUGGCCCGCCUGUGUGCAGGCUUAUGACGUAUUUGCAUUCCAUGCGCGCCGCGCUUGGUCGGCCAUUCUGCUGGCUGGUCUGUCACCUGGAAUAAAACGCGCGACGGGAUUGAUGGCAAGCAGUGUGGGGCGAAGUUGAUCACGGCUGAAGGUGCGGCGCCAGGGUCUACUAAGCCGACCCAGGUCGUGCGGGUUCCCCUGGACGGGCAGCGGACACACACACAGCCGCCGCAGCAGCUGCGCCGCUCCGCGUUUCUGGAAUUGGAAGCUGAGCCAGAGCCCCCAGCAGGGAGCCGGGGUCGCCGCGGAGACACGGGCGCGCCGGUUUUCGCCGCUGCUGAGAAAGCUAGCGGCGGGGCCGUCAUGAAGGGGCGCACGGCGCAUCCCGAAAGCGCGCACGCAGUGCCCGCAGGGCGAAGCGCAGCGGCAGAGCGGCCCGACCAUCGGUCUUUCAAGUAGGAUCUCCUGAACAUUGCGCGUGAGGGCGGUAGCGCGCAGUGCAUUCCAAUUCCUGAGCUGCCCUAUAUUACUAAAGCGGGCGUCAUCACCUCACAUGAUUUCAGAAGCAUUAUCACAACAUGAACAUCAGUCUCGUCGACGAAGUCAACUGGUUUAGCGUUAUUUUUUAAUGUGAUUCACAACUCAGCCUUUAGAAUUUUUUCAACAUACUCAACAUGGUCCAGCACAUCGGACGAAAGUUUUUUGUUUCCAUCAUUUCAGAUCCAUUUUUAGCAUGUCAUAUUCAAGUAGAAUUAGUAUUUCCCCUAUGGUACAUGAAAUAUUUUUUCCCCCCCGUCCGUCCUCGUGGCCCUUCCGCUCCGCCUAUGGCUCCCGCUGGACCAGCUUCGGAGUAGUUAGUACUAGAGCAUCAAUUUGAUGUUCUCUACCUCCGCGACUCCUGCUGCGCACUAAUAUUGCAGGUACAGUACUACAAAAAGGGCUGGAAGGGUGCAAGAUAGAGGCAACACUCAAACUUCAUCUCGUACUUGCUUUUAAUAAUGGUUCCACUGCGGUUUUUAUUGGAUCCCAUUAAAUACGCAACUGGAAAAAAAAAAUAGAAAAAAGCUCAAGUAAAAUGCAAAUAGUAUAGCUGUACCCCAGUUUUUAUUAUCGGUUUCAUCUGUUUGAGCACUGCUUCAAUUUUAUCCCUGUUUUACUACUAGUUUCCGAAGAACGGAGGUGGUUGUUGCAACAUGAAACAAGCUCGAUCGAACAACAGCAUGACGACUAGAGGAGGUGGUAGUAGAAAAUGACUUAUUUACAAAUCAACCGCAGGCUUCUAAGUGGCUUAAAUCUACAAGUUCAUGCACUAGCGGAGACUGUAAAGGAUGAACAUACAACGCCGUGCCCAACCAGGCAUCAACAGGAUGAGAAGCCGGGCGAGUUACAACAAGUAAGAUUCCAAACUCAUAAGCUACAACCCUAGAAGCGGCCGGUAGAUAUUUGCGGAUCCCACCGUAGUUUUCUGUUGGAACACGCUACUGAACACGAAACAAACAAUCCAGUGCUUUUCCUCCCAAAGACUACUUCUUUGCUUAAGUAGAAAAAAGUAAACUUCACGGCAAGCGCAAGCAGAAGCACGACAGGCACGAGAGCUGGCUUUUGGUUUUCUUCUUGUUGUGCAGGCAGCGACAUGUUCCUCCCUGUUUGAUAUUCGUGAAUCGGAGACGGGGGAGCUGCUGCUAGGUGUUGAUGUUCUUUUUCCCUUAAGGAUUGGUCCUGUAGAUAGUCUCUUGUGCUCUUGUCCAAGAAGUCACUUUCGUCCACCUAAUAUCAUUCGGUCUUGAUGGACUACAAGGGGCUCCUGCGUAAAUGACUACUGACCUACUAUUUCUUUUAUGAAUAAAGAUAUCUAUAUUACCUU